CUUCCCUCACCUAUGAUGGCGGAUGUGGCCUCAUCGUUGACACUGCCCUCCCUCUUCCUCCUCGUCUUUUUUUCCAUGGAACUCUCGCGAGAUUUUUCUCCUCAGAGUGGGCUGGGCGAGCGGCGAGCGCGAGGAGAAGACGGGAAUUCAGCUGGGACUGAGGAGGAGGAAGCAGCGGCGGUCGCUAUCAUAAUGUUUCGGGGGGUUCUCAAGGCACCACACUUAGGGCGGAGAGCGGUGGUCUCAUUACUUCACCGGUUUCAGGGUACACUAGUAAUAGCUGAACACACAAAUGAGACAAUUGCACCUAUUACUUUAAAUACCAUCACUGCAGCAAAACGUCUUGGAGGUGAAGUAUCAUGUUUAGUAGCUGGCACCAACUGUGAAAAGGUGGCUCAAGAGCUGAGCAAAGUGCAAGGGGUUGUCAAAGUUCUUGUCUCGCAGCAUGAUGCAUAUAAAGGAUUUCUGCCUGAGGAGCUGACAUCAUUGAUUUUGGCAACUCAGAAGCAGUUUAAUUACACCCACAUCUGUGCCGGAGCAUCUGCUUUUGGGAAGAAUCUUCUUCCCCGAGUGGCAGCUAAGCUUGAUGCUGCUCCUGUUUCGGACAUAAUUGAAAUAAAGUCACCUGACACUUUUGUGAGGACUAUUUAUGCAGGAAAUGCCCUGUGUACUGUCAAGUGUGAUGAGAAAAUAAAGGUGUUCUCUGUACGAGGUACUUCCUUUGAGGCUGCACCAUUAAGUGGUGGUAGCGCUACUCUAGAGAAAGUAGCAGCUCCUUCACCAGCUGGUCAAUCUGCAUGGAUUGAGCAGAAGUUAACAAAAAGUGACCGGCCGGAACUGACGAGUGCAAAGGUUGUUGUAUCGGGUGGACGAGGGUUGAAGAGUGGAGACAACUUUCAACUGUUGUAUGAUCUAGCAGAUCAAUUACAUGCUGCAGUUGGUGCUUCUCGUGCGGCUGUUGAUGCAGGCUUUGUACCCAAUGAUAUGCAGGUUGGACAGACAGGCAAAAUUGUGGCACCGGAACUUUAUAUUGCUGUCGGAAUAUCUGGAGCAAUUCAACAUCUUGCUGGAAUGAAAGAUAGCAAGACUAUAGUAGCUAUUAACAAGGAUCCAGAAGCACCAAUAUUCCAAGUUGCUGAUUAUGGUUUGGUAGCAGACUUGUUUAAGGUUGUUCCUGAAUUGACAGCAGCAUUGAAAAAGUGAAAACUUCCAAGUGGCUGGACAGAAAUGGGCAUGAUCAGCUUUUAAAAGAUUAUUUUAAAUAAAAAAAUUAAUUAUAUAUUAUAAAACUAAAAAUGUAAUAACCAGUGAAUUAUUGCCAAGAAUUCAUGUUCUGGGUGACCUCUGAAUGCCUUGUAAUAUACCUACUUUUGCCUUUUGUGUUCCCAUUUGAUUACAGGCUAUUUUUGAAUAUUUUUUCUAAUUCUAUAAUAAAAUAUGCAUCUGAUA